CGUUACCUGUCAGUUGUGCUCUGGUCUAAUGUAGUGUUAAUUUUAGUUCUUAUCAAUUUUUGGUGAUAUUCUAGUGUUUACACUAGAACAAUAUUGUGUAUUUAUCAGUUUCAAUCAUUUAUACAAAAAAUCAAUCGUCUAAUCUGUGUCGGUACACUUGAUCAUGAACGCACUUACCAACUGUGGUAGAGACAUACAAAAAGACUGAAUACAAUGUUAAAAUCGUCUGUCCAGCAUAAGAUUCUAAAUUAUUUACCCGAUGAUAGACCCAUUACUGCCAUACAAAUUAUAGAAAAUUUAGAUAAGUGUCCGAGAGGGUUUUUUGCUAUCAACAAAACCUACGAUCAAGACUCUGAUGCUGACUUAAGAGAGAGCUCAAUUUUUAAAAGUAGUUCUGCACGAUAUCUGUGUUUAUCGAAAACUGAAGGUUUGCCAAAUUUUGUGGUGCAGGAAAUACUAGUUCUUGCUGACAAGGCAAAUCCCCCGAAAGGUUUCAGCCUAUUGAACAAAACUGCCGACAGUGAACAAAAAGCUUGGAAAAAGAAACAGAUUUGUUAUAGAUUAGUAAAUAGAAAAGACAUAAAGACUGCCGUUACAGACAUUAUUAUUUGUAGUAGAUUGAAAAAGGCGCCGUCUGGAUUUUCAUUCGCAGGCGAAUUAAACGGAGUGACACUUUGCUACAAGAUGGGUAAUGUUCAAGACUCGCAAGCGAACACAAACGACCAAUUUCCCCCAGAACGACCACCGAAACCAAAUGUAAUACCUACAGGAGCGCCAGUUUAUCCACCCUUAUCAAAUACAGAUCACGAUUAUGAAAUUUUACGUCCAGGGGCGUAUCCAUCAGUUCUUCCAGGAGGUCCUGGGGGACCCACGAGACCUGCCCCUAAACCACCAGCUCCGGUACAACAUCAGAAUUCGACACACACGAUGAGUGGGACUUCUCAAAUCGGCCUCGAUGGGGUGCCAUUUAUAGUUAAUCCUAAAUUUUUGACUACGAGUAACCAAGAUAGGGUGCAGUUUCCUAGAAUAAAGGCGCGAACGAUGCAGCAACUUAUCAAAGAUUACAGCUACCCUUUCACAGUGGAAAGACAAACUUAGAACACACACUGACCCAGUCUCUAAAUCGCAAGAGAGGAACUGAAUUUUGAGAAUUUUCUAGUUUAUUAUAGAAUGGAUAUAGAGAAUCAAAAAGACCUAUACUUUAUUUUGAGAUUUAAAUAGCUCGGUUUAGUCAAUAGUUUUUAUGGAUACGUGUCUAGACAUUAAGUAUAUUCGUUAUUGUUUGUAGAUAAAAACAUUAACAAUAGAUUCAAUUAGGGUUUGUGUCGGUUACUGUCAUAGUUAUGUGCCAAGUUGGUGAUGGUUGAAAUCACGCAACAAACUAAUAACCGCCAAAAAUGCCCAGUCUUCUUGAAUCUCCUUUUUAAUUUAGUCAAAUCAUAUUGUAUUAUUGGUUUUAAGACACUAUCAAUGACGUCACGCCGGCCAUGUUUAUGACGUAGGAAAAACGCAAAAAAUUGCCUAUACCCUGUGCGUAUCGAUCCAUUUUAAGCGCCAGGACUAUUUCGUGGCCGAUCAGUCGACAGAGUUUCAGACUGUAGAUAAUCAUAUAUGUCUUUUGACCAUAGACAUAAUAAGAAUAGACUAGAUAAGGUAUGUGCCAUUAUGUGAAUAGAGGUGAAAUACUAAUAUUCAGUAGCUAUCUUUGUUUGCCAUACGCAAGUAAUAGCACGGUAGAGAGAGAUAGAUAGACCAUUUCACUAUGUUGCUCAGGAUGCCUUGUCUAUUCUUAUUAUGUCUAUGAUUUUGACUCGCCGAAUUUGAAUUUCAACCUCAAAUAUACAAAGGCGUGACGUCAAAUUACCGUGUCGUUUUAAACUGAAAUUGUGGUGGUGAUGAUAAUUAUUUUGAUUCUCUCUAUCUUUUUGAUUUAUUAUCAUUUUAUAUUGACGAUACUUCGGCCAUUUUUGUGUCAUGUCAUCACUUAGAUAGUUAGAAAAUAUUAUUCAAAUACCUAAGUUAUUUAUACCACGAUUAUCUUCAUACCAAUAUCGUAUUUGUUACAUUAGAAUUUUAUGAAAUAAAUUAAUAUUUAUAUUACUAA